CGCUUCAGCCUAUCGGUCUCUCUAUUCAAACCUGCUUAUAUAAUCUCUAUUUGGCUUUUCUUAUUACAAUCUGCAAUUUCUUCUCAUCAGACCAAACCUCCCCUUCCAAGUUCAAAUCAUGGCUUUCUACUUCUUCAAAAUCAAACACGUCCCAUUUCCGAAGCCCCUAAGCCUCUUUUAUCUCUUAAUGAUCACCGGUUUGUUCUCAGUACCAAGCCCAUUUACCAGUACUGCUGCUAUAUCCUUCGACAUACCCAGUUUCAUCAUUGAUGACUCCCGGAUAAGAUAUGAGGUAUCAGCUGUUAAUUUCCCUGACAAACAAGUCAUCCAACUCACCGGCAACCAGGACGGUUCAAUGUAUGAAGUAGGUCGAGCCACGUCUUUCAGCCCUAUGCGCCUGUGGGACAACGCAUCCGGAAAACUCACAGAUUUCACUACCAAUUUUUUGUUUGUAAUUGAUUCUCAAAAUAGAACUAGUUAUGGAGAUGGUCUUGCGUUCUUCCUAGCACCUAAUGGUUCAACAUGUCCUGAAGGCACACGAGGUGGCCCUAUGGGUCUCACCAAAGAUAAAGAGCUAUUAGACUCGACGGACUACCCUUUUGUUGCGGUGGAGUUUGACAUCUAUUCAAACACAUGGGAUCCGCCUGGCGAACAUGUAGGUAUUGAUAUGAACUCCAUGCAAUCGGUUGCUAAUGUCUCAUGGUUGGGGGGUAAUAUUUCUACUAUGGGUGGGAGAAUUAAUGAAGCUCGGAUUAAUUAUAAUUCUACUUCUCAUAAUUUGAGUGUUCUCUUCACUGGUCUCAUAAAUAGUACAACUGUAUGGCAGUCCCUUUCUUAUAAUAUUGAUUUGAGAGAUCACCUGCCUGAAUGGGUAACUUUUGGAUUCUCAGCCUCGACAGGAGGUUAUACUGCAAUGCAUACCAUUCGCACAUGGAAUUUUAGUUCAACUUUGGAAGAUAUUGUAACCAAAACACCAGUAGCAGGUAGUCCAAGCCCAAAUCCGGCCCCGGCCCCGGCCCGGCCCCUAAUCAUUGGAAAAACAACAGAUAUUGUAACCAAACCAAGGAAAAACAAAAGGUUGGGAUUAGCCAUUGGGUUGGGUGUUGGGGGGCCUUUUUUGGUUGGUGGGUUUGCUUUAAUUCUGUUUUGCUUGUGGAAGAGGAAUAAGAGUUAUACAGCAGAGGAUCUCGCCUUUUAUAGGUGCAUGGAUGAUGAAUUUCAAAGAGAAACAGGACCAAAGAGAUUCUCAUUUAAAGAAUUGGCUCAUGCCACCAACAAUUUCAAUGAUGAAGAGAGAAUAGGCCAAGGAGGAUUUGGUGGGGUUUAUAAAGGAUUUUUAAGGGACUCAACCUCCUUUGUUGCUGUUAAGAGGGUGUCAAAAGAGUCUAAACAGGGGAUAAAAGAGUAUGCAUCAGAAGUAAAAAUUAUUAGUCGAUUGAGACACAGGAAUUUGGUACAACUCAUUGGCUGGUGCCAUGAAAGAGGAGAACUCUUACUCAUCUAUGAGUUCAUGCCCAAUGGAAGCUUAGAUUCACAUCUUUUUACAGAAAAAAGCUUAUUGAUAUGGACAACGAGGUACAAAGUUGCUCAAGAAUUGGCGUCAGCGUUGCUUUACUUGCACGAGGAGUGGGAACAAUGUGUGGUGCACAGGGAUAUAAAAUCGAGCAACAUUAUGCUUGAUUCAAACUUUAAUGCUAAGCUUGGAGAUUUUGGGCUAGCUAGGCUUGUGGACCAUGUGAAAGGGUCACAAACCACUAUUUUGGCAGGCACCAUGGGCUAUAUAGCUCCUGAAUGUGUCACAACCGGUAAUGCUAGCAAGGAGUCAGAUGUCUAUAGUUUUGGAAUUGUCGCUUUGGAGAUUGCUUGCGGAAGAAAACCAAUCAAGACCAAUGCCCCUCAAGAUCAAGUAGUCUUGGUGGAGUGGGUUUGGGAGCUCUAUGGAAUAGGAAAGGUACUUGAAGCAGCUGACCCAAGGCUGGAUGGAGAUUUUGAUGAGCAGCAAAUGGAGUGCUUGAUGAUUGUUGGGCUUUGGUGCACUCACCCUGAUCGAAAACUUAGGCCUUCAAUAAGGGAAACAAUUCAUGUUCUCAAUUUUGAGUCUCCAUUACCUAUUCUCCCAUCAGACAUGCCGGGGCCAACACAUCUUGCUACAGCAGUGAAUAGACAGGCAAUGUCACUUUCUAUUUCCAGUGUUUCUAGUAACUAUGAGGGAGGACGGAAUCCCCAUUCAAGCAAUAGUCACACCAAUUUUUCAUUGUCUACCUCAUACGAUAUAGCUCCUCUAUCCGCAUCGCUUUUGCAUACGUGCUAAAUUGGUAAG